AUGCAUAAAGGUGCUGAAUUCAGUAAAAAGAAAAAGGUUUUAAUUUUUAAAGUUAUAAAAUUUUGUGACAAAGAGAAGAGUGGCGAAAUCACCAUUCCGGUAAGCAAUUCAAAUGAGCGUGUGAUAACCAUGUUAGGUAUCUCGGAACCGUCGGUGACGAAACUCAGAUAUGAACUACAUGAGUUAGAACGACAGAAGCAAGAGGCACAAUCAUUGCAACAAAGUAAACAAGUUGCAAAUGAGAAAGACGAGAUUAAAAGUGAACGUCAUCUUCGCAGCAGAACUAAAUCCGACACGGCCUCGAAACAUUGUCAGUCCUCACCCUCGCUUGCUCCUGCCAAGAGAAGUCAUAAGCGACAACGUGGACACACUGGUGCUUCAACCACAUCAACACAAAAAAUACACCCGACUACUGACAGACUUCUCUCUGAACUUAUGAAACUCGAUGGUUUUCCAAUUCGUUCACGUGCUACCCUCUGGCGUGAAAUGCAAAAAGCUUCAAGUUUAAACAGACCAAUAAAACCAAGUGUUUGGGUCUGUGAUGGAGAAGGCUCUGAUGUUAGAAUAGCCAUGGUGUUAGAGAAUGCACCAUGGCACAGCUGUCCAACACCUGAGACCGUUGCGCCGAAACGAGCAUGGCGAAAAGGCGAUAUCCAAGAAUGGCUGCAUGUCCAUAAAAUUGUUUUUCGGCCUCACAGUGGCUAUCCAGGCGGAAAUUAG